ACUGUAUGACCAACUUGCUAACUAUUUUUCAUUUAGUGAUCAUCUAUCAAAAUAAAAAGUGUAGGGACCUAAAACGGAUACUAAAACAUAGUUGAGGGACCAUUUAUGCGAUUCACGCGUCUUUUAAACGAAGAACCCCUCUGCCCUAUAAAUAAAACUCAAAAGGCUCCCUUUAACCCCUAAAGACCGCCCUGCAAUUCUUCUAGCAUCUUCUACUCUCUUCCAUAUCAACCAUGACUCGCAUAACGAAUAACGACAGCAAACCGUCACCGGCAAUCAUCAAGUUUCUGUACAGCUAUGGUGGAAAGAUUAUGCCACGUCAGAUCGACGGCAAACUCCGAUACGUCGGCGGUUACACCAGGGUUCUCGCCGUGGACCGUUCUAUCUCGCACGCGGAGUUGAUCGUUAAGUUUUGGGAAGCGUGUGGAUUAUCAGUGAAUUUGAAGUGUAAACUGCCGUCGGAAGAUCUGGACGUGUUAGUGUCCGUUACCUGCGAUGAAGAUCUCGCCGCCGUCAUCCAGGAGUACGAUCGAGUUUCUCCAGACGCGAAGAUCAGAGCCGUUCUUUUUCCGGUGAAAUCGUUGAAGACGAUCUCUCCUGUUCCGUCGUAUGAAUCGCUCGUGGAAUUUUCAGCCGCAAAACCUCCGCCGUAUCCGGUGUCAGCCAAUUCCGCCGUCCGAAAAGGAACGGAGCAACAUCAAGCGGUUGGUUCCUCAUUCCAAAAGCUCCGUCGGUAUCCUGUCGCUAAAUCUUGCCGUGAGAAUCCACCGUUGGCGUUCCGACUCCGUCAAGAUACAAUCCCUAGGUAGAAUUACCUUGUUCGUCGAUGGAAUUCCAAACAAUAGAAGAGCAAGAAACCAUUAGGUAUUAGAUGAACAUAAACAAUUACCAUACUUGAAUAUUCUGAUAAAUUUUGGUUCCCAAAUUCGAGUUUCAUCUGAUUACGCAAGUGAUGAUGUUAAAUCCUAAACUGGCAUUCAAUUGAUUCAAGACAA